AUGUCUCGAUCUGGCACUACCCUGUAUGUCACGGGUUUUGGUCAUGGCACCCGCGCCCGUGAUCUUGCCUAUGAGUUCGAACACUAUGGUCGUCUGGUUAGAUGUGACAUUCCUGCCCCCAGAACUGCAUCAAGCCGUCUCUUCGCCUUCGUCGAAUACGAGAGUCGUCGCGAUGCUGACGAUGCCUAUCACGAGAUGCAUAAUAAGCGAAUUGGUCGUGAUGACGUCUUGAAGAUUGAGUGGGCCCGCACCCCCCCUUCUGCUACCUGGCGCUACGAAGCUGGUCGAGGCCGUCGUGAGCGCUCUCCUCCACGCCGCUCAGCUCGUUCUCCCUCUCCUCGACGCCGCGACUAUUCUCCUCGCAAGGACGAUCGCCGCGACCGCGACCGAGAUCGGGAAAGAGACCGGGACCGAGACUACGAUGACCGACGCCGCUCGCGCAGCCCUGCGGACCGUGAGCGUGAUCGAGACCGCGACCGGGACAUGAAAGAUGACCGAGACCGACGCGACGAGGACCGUGACGGCGCUGCAAAUGGCGAUGACCGGAAAGGUAUGAUGGAACUCGACACAGAUGCAGCCUGGAUUUGA